AUGCCCAACGCAGUAGCCGCCGAGCCACGGGUCCGGAACCAGGUGCAUGACGCUGCGAUAUGGCGCCAGACCAUCCACCUUGAACUGCAGACGCCGCGCAACUGGGAGAAGCAUUGGGGCUUUAUGCGGGAGUUGUAUGCUAAGGACCCAACAACCCGCCCCCCCCUCCUCCCCCCGCUGGCCAGCACCGUCCCCCGCGCCUUCGCCUCGGGCCUGCCCUCCAAGCUGCCCCCCGGCCUAACCACCUCGCCAACCUCCUACACCGCCGACCUCCUCUCCAUCCACGACAUCCCACGCAUCUCCCGCUCGCUGUACCCCAAACAGAAAUACACGUUUCCGGCUACCACCCAGCAGGAGGUCGGAUGGGCAUGGACGACACGGGGGGAGGAUGAGGUGGCUGCGAGGGAGGUGGAGCGGGUGUUGGGGGCUGAUAGGGCUGAGAAGGAUGUGGGGAAGAGGGCGACGAGGGAGGUGGUGAGGGAACGGGAGAGGGAGGUGGCUGAGCGGGCGUUGAGGGGGAGUGUGGGGGAUGAUGAAGGGAAGAAUGCGAGGGUGGUGAGGUUUAGGACGCUGGAGAGGUUUGGGAGGGAGGCGAGGGGGCAGGGCGAUGUGUUGAAGUGGUGGGGAGGGUGUAGAGAGUCUUUGCCGUGA